AUUAUCCAAUUUCAUUCUCGCCCCCUUUUCGAAUCCGGAUUAAAUUUCGUUGAAAACUUUAUCGGCGCGGUUUUAUUUUUAGUGCCAGUGUUUUAGUUUCGUGCGAUGUUUAAACCAUAAAACCAAAAUCAAGGAAGAAAAAACGAUGGCUUUAAAGAAAACAUUUAUUUUCAUCUUUUUAACGUUCGCCGGUUACGAAACGAAAUCCGAAAGCAUCGAAUUCAAAUGGAAAUUCACUUUAGACGCCGAUGACGCGGCGAAUUUCGUUGAAGACAAAUCCGAUUUGAAUUGCAAAGGAUUUUAUUUCCCCGAUUUUAAAGAUAUCUGUAUGAUGUCGCUUCAUAAAUUAACAACGAACGAGAUUUUUUUACCGAAAUCGGGAGAUAUUUAUCUUAAAGAGGGAGCCGAAAUUAUUUUUGAUCCAACAAACGAACGAUGUAUCAAAGUAAAAUCGACAUCAUACAAAAACUUCCUCGAUCCGAAUUCUUGGACAUCGAAACGAUCGGGAAAUCGCGCCGUACCCGAUUUAGAAAGAACCCCUUGCCAUUGCGACGAAGUUACGUUUCCGAAUAAUUCUUUAUUCGCGAUGAAAUCGCCCAGCUUUUUACACCACGUUAAAAAAAUCGAUUACGGCCUCAAAUUAAACGAUUACAGUUGCCCUUUGAUCAUAUCGACGAUCGACCAAAGAAUCUCAAGCAUCGGAUUUUGCGAAGACGAUAAAAUUUGUCAGAUGAGACAGCAUUCAAGCCGAGUUUUAAACGAACUCUGUCCCUUAAUCAAUCGAAACGAAGAGAUUGAAUGUUCGGAAGGAAUCGAGCUUUUAGGACAUUGCGGCAAAUUUUGCGGGGGCGUUAUCCGCGUUAAAAGCGAUUUUUACGUGACCCCCUCGAACAUUUUACCAUUUUUAAACGAAAAUUUCGAUGUGUAUUCAUCAAAAAUAAUUCAAAACGACGAUUUUAUAAUCCAACAAAUCUCAAUAACCGAUAAAGGCGGUUUUAACGGGGAGAGUGCGAUGAAAUUGGUCGAAAACGCCGAAAAAAUCGAACGAUUAUCGAAAAAAAUAGGAGUUGAAUCGAUUCAAAUAUCAAUUUCAGGUCCCCCGAGUAACAACGGCGGAUUAAAAAAUAACGUUUUAAUCGUUUUUUGCACCUUGAUUUUCGUCGUGGGAGUUUUUGGCGUUAUUUUCGGGGUGUUUGAGAAGAAUUAUUUUAAUUUGGGGAGUUUGAGAUGGGAUUGGAUUAAUCAAAGGGCGAAUUUGGCUCGCUAUAAUCAAGCUUUAAGACGCUCGGUGAUUUUUUCGAGAUUUGAUGAUAACGAGAAUGUUUCGAUUGCUGGUUCUGUGCUAAAUUUGCAAAGGGAAGAGUUUGAUAAUCCAUUAUACACCGAAGGGGAUAAUCAAGAUGAAGCAGAAAAUAAAGAAGGCGAAGAAUCUUAAUAAAUAGAAGUCUCGGUCAAGAUUUAUUUAUAUCCUUUUUUUAACCAUAUUAGAAAACAGUUAUAUCUCGGGUCGAACUCCUUUACGCCCGUUUCUUACUCGAGAUCGUGAGAUACAAAAAGAAAUAGAAAUAACAGCUGGUUAAUGUGUGUUUUAACGGUUAACUUCGAAUAAAUUUUGCACGGAAGAUGAGAGAACCAUACCGGUUUAGAUUUUGAUUCUUAUUCCUGAAUUGCGUGCCGUGAAAUAUUUAUUAUCUGUGUUAUAAAAAAGGUUGCAUUAAAUCGGCGUAAAAUCGAUGCAUUCUUCAAUUAUCCACGCUCCACUUGUACAUAAUAAUAUAACUGCGAGUCAUAAAGAAAACGUUUCCACCAAGAAAAAAUGUUUGAAUAAAAUUAAUUUAAUAUUAUAAGACCCAAUUUUAUGGUUAAUUGUUGAUUAGAAUUAAUUUUUCUCUUACCUCGCCUUAUUUCGCCGGGUUUAUCUUUAAAACUAAACGCAAAAACACGUUCCAUGUUAUUUAUACUCAACCGUGUACUUCUACUUAUCGUGUAAAAAUAUUGUGUUGUAGUUAAAAAGCUAAAAUAAGCGAAGAAUUCUUUUGUAAAGCGUCCACUUUAUCGGACUUUAUCUAACUCGGCGCGUUUCCGGUUAAAACCGUGCGAAAACAAUGCAACGACAUUAAAAAAUGUAUUUUUUUAAACUUACUAAUUCAAUUAAUCGGUUCGAUUAAUAAAUUUAAGGCGUUUAUCUCGUCGAACAUAAGAAAAACAUGCGAAUUUAGGUCGGACCUCGCUAUUUUUAAAAUCAUUGCGUAAUCAAAUUGGUUAUUUACUUUAUUUGUUAUAAAGGAAAACACACAUUGUUAUCGUGCAAUAAUGAAAUCUCAAAAAAAAGUAUUUGUUGAAAUCUAAUCUAAAUAUAGAGAAGCUAAGUGGAUUAAAAUUUAUUAUCAUUAA